UUUCCGGCAUCCAAAUGGGCCCUCCACUUGAAAAGUCUACUGCUUCGUCAACCCUAUCAGCAGUUAAACCACCACGCAUAUAUGCACAAGAGUACAAAUUGGUUGACACCAAUAUAGGGAACUUAACUUAUCAUAGCAAACUACUUUCAUAGAUUCACAAUAAAAUAAAAGGCCGUUGUUCUUUUGUACUGUUUGUAUGGAUCUUUACCUUCUUAUCUCUAUUUUCUCACUUCCCAAAUUGGCCACUAUUUUCAAGUUCAAUUGAUCUUAUCUUAAUUUCUUCCCGAUUCAUGUACCCUUUUUCGUUAUUCGAUUGAUUGGAAUUGUUUUCUUGGUGUAUUUUGAAUGAAAUUUUGCGAAUGAACGAAAAAUUUAUGGAUAAGGAGAUCGAUACUCAGAAUCAGAGAGCUCUGGAGACAGUAAUCACUAUCAGAUUGGAUCAAAAUCAUGAAAAGGUGGAUUCUGGGAUUGGUGGGGAUGAGGCGAAAGUGAAGGAUUUGAAGCAAGAGAGUUUUUCAAGUGUAAUUGAUGUGAAGUAUGAUAUUGGGGAUGAAAAAUUGGAGGAGAAUUUGAUUGUUGAAGAUUUCGAGAAGAUGUGUAGGAUAUGCCACUUGGAUACAUUUGAAAGUGGGAAAAAAAUUGUGGAUUUGAUUGAGAUUGGUUGUGGGUGUAAAGGAGAGCUUGGAUUUGUUCAUUCUCAUUGUGCAGAGACUUGGUUUAAGGUUAAAGGAAAUAGAUUGUGUGAAAUUUGUCGGGAGAUCGCAAAAAAUGUCACUGGUGUCAGCGACAAUAGAUUCAUUGCAGAGUGGAAUGAAGCGAGAUAUAUUGCAGGUGGUACUGGUUCAGCAGAACGAGAUAGAAGAUGCUGCCGUGGACAGCCAUUUUGUAACUUGUUGAUAGCAUGCCUGAUAAUAGUUUUUUGGCUACCAUGGUUUUGCCGUAUAAAUUUGUUUUGAUGCGGUAAAUAGAGUUAAUAGUUUCUUGCCUCAAAUCUUAUUCCGCGUCUUGCAGAUAACAAGGUUUUGAGUGUUUUUAGUACAACAAACCAGCAUAACUUAUGCCAUAGCUUUGUCUUUUCACAUCAUCUGAGCCAAAUUCUUGGUCGAUUUUAGAUAAGUGGGAUUAUAUACUUCAGAUUUUCUUUUGAAUCUCUAUCAUUUUUUUUAUUUGGCUAGAUAAUAUUGUAUAAGAUGGCAAUCACUUUUGCACCUUCAGAUCCGAGAGUGGCAUGAUUCUUACAUCAUCUAUGAAGCCUGCCUUCAAUUUAGAUGAGCAAAUCAUUUAUUUAUAUAAGAGAUUCUGAAAAAGUUCCUGAGA